AAAUUCGAAGAAGAAACCCCAAAAAAAAAAAAAAAAAAAAAAACUGGAAAAAAGGAGAAAAAAUCAAAAAGGCGAAAUCGAAGAAGAAGAAAAGGCAAAAGCUUGAUUGAUGGAAGACGACGAUCAGCAGAAGGCUGCAGAUCUAGUACAGGAGCUUGUUCUUCGCCUUGUCUCCCAAAACCCUCAAACCCCUAAUCUCGAUCCCAAGUCUCCCGCCUUCCUCAAAACCCUUCGUUACGCCUUUCGUAUCCUCUCUAGCCGCCUCACUCCUUCCGUUGUCCCCGACGCCACCGCUAUAGCCGAGUCUCUCAAACGCCGUCUCGCUACUCAGGGUAAGUCCUCCGACGCACUCGCUUUUGCCGAUCUCUACACUAAGUUCGCUUCCAAGACUGGCCCGGGUAGUGUCAACAAUAAAUGGGCUCUCGUUUAUUUGCUUAAAAUCGUUUCUGAUGAUCGUAAAUCUGCUAUUAAUGGCCUCGAUUCCUCGGUUUUGUUACCUAAUUUGGGGAUUGGUGAUGUUGGGAACGGGUUUUUGCGCGGUGGAGAAGCUAAGAAGAAGGAUUGGAGUAAUGGUGUUUUGUUGGUUAGUAGAGAUCCUGAGAAUUUGCGUGAUAUUGCCUUUAGAGAGUAUGCCAUUUUGGUUAAGGAAGAGAAUGAAGUGACGGAGGAGGUUCUAGUGAGGGAUGUUUUGUACGCUUGCCAAGGGAUUGAUGGGAAAUAUGUGAAAUUUAACAGCGAAAUAGACGGUUAUGCUGUGCAGGAUUCGAUUAAGGUGCCUCGAGCUACUAGGAUACUGGUUCGUAUGCUCUCUGAGCUUGGCUGGCUGUUUAGAAAGGUUAAGACUUUUAUAACCGAGAGUAUGGAUCGGUUUCCAGCUGAAGAAGUGGGAACUGUUGGGCAAGCGUUUUGUGCGGCAUUGCAAGAUGAGCUCUCUGAUUAUUAUAAGCUAUUGGCUGUGCUCGAAGCGCAAGCCAUGAAUCCUAUUCCUUUGGUUUCUGAAUCAGCAAGCUCAAGCAAUUACCUUUCUUUAAGGAGGUUGUCGGUAUGGUUCGCAGAGCCUAUGGUGAAAAUGAGACUGAUGGCUGUUUUGGUUGACAAGUGUAAGGUUUUGAGGGGUGGGGCGAUGGCUGGGGCUAUCCAUUUGCACGCACAGCAUGGUGAUCCGCUUGUUCAUGAUUUUAUGAUGAAUUUGCUUCGAUGUGUGUGUUCUCCGCUGUUUGAAAUGGUUAGAAGUUGGGUUCUAGAAGGGGAGUUAGAAGAUACUUUUGGUGAAUUUUUUGUCGUAGGUCAGCCGGUUAAAGUCGAUUUGCUUUGGAGAGAAGGUUAUAAGCUCCACCCAGCUAUGCUUCCGUCUUUUAUUUCCCCGAGUCUAGCUCAGAGAAUUCUGAGAACUGGGAAAUCUAUAAACUUUCUUCGUGUUUGCUGUGAUGAUCAUGGGUGGGCUGAUGCAGCUUCAGAAGCAGCAGUUGCCUCUGGGACAACGACUAGGCGAGGAGGUCUCGGGUAUGGUGAAACAGAUGCACUUGAACAUCUUGUUACUGAAGCAGCAAAGAGAAUCGACAAGCAUCUGUUGGAUGUUCUAUAUAAGAGAUAUAAGUUUAAGGAGCAUUGUCUUGCUAUUAAGCGUUAUUUACUACUUGGUCAAGGUGAUUUUGUCCAAUACUUGAUGGAUAUUGUAGGACCUAAGCUUUCUGAGCCAGCUAAUAACAUUAGUUCAUUUGAGCUAGCUGGAUUUCUUGAGGCUGCAAUACGAGCAUCAAAUGCACAGUAUGAUGACCGCGACAUGCUAGACAGAUUGAAAGUGAAGAUGAUGCCUCAUGGCAGUGGAGACAGGGGCUGGGAUGUAUUCUCAUUGGAAUAUGAGGCAAGGGUUCCAUUAGAUACCGUGUUUACUGAGUCUGUUUUGUCCAAAUACCUGAGAGUGUUCAAUUUUCUCUGGAAGUUGAAACGGGUAGAACAUGCUCUUAUCGGAAUUUGGAAGACCAUGAAACCAAAUUGCAUCACUUCUAACUCAUUCGUUAAGCUCCAAACGUCGGUGAAAUUGCAAUUGCUCUCAGCCCUGAGGCGGUGCCAGGUCCUUUGGAAUGAAAUGAAUCAUUUUGUUACUAACUUUCAGUAUUACAUCAUGUUUGAGGUAUUGGAGGUGUCAUGGUCUAAUUUCUCAAAAGAGAUGGAAGCUGCUAAAGACCUGGAUGAUCUCUUGGCAGCUCACGAGAAAUACCUCAACGCCAUUGUUGGAAAAUCUCUUCUGGGUGAACAGUCACAGACCAUCCGCGAAUCACUUUUCGUCCUCUUUGAGCUUAUAUUACGGUUCAGGAGUCAUGCAGAUCGUUUGUAUGAAGGAAUUCAUGAGUUGCAAAUAAGAUCUAAAGAAUCAGGAAGAGAGAAAAACAAAUCGGAAGAGCUUGGUUCAUGGAUCAGUGAGGGUAGGAAGGGAUUAACACAGCGUGCUGGAGAAUUUCUUCAAAGCAUGAGUAAAGAUAUGGACAGUAUUGCAAAGGAAUACACAUCUUCACUUGAUGGUUUCCUAUCGCUUUUGCCUCUGCAGCAAUCUGUAGAUCUCAAGUUUCUCUUCUUCCGGCUUGACUUCACUGAGUUCUACAGCCGGUUGCAUUCCAAAGGAUAAGAAAGUUGAAAGAGUAUCAGGUUUAGUUGAAAAACAACAUUGCACAACAGCAAGAGAAGAAGACAUGAUCUACGUCUUUCACUAACCGCUGACUGCAGCAUGGGCUCCUGAAUCAGGGAUGCAGAGGUUCUUUUCUUAAAAUCUAGGUGCGUGGAAGAAUCUGUUUCUUAUUUUAAGAGACUGCCUCAGAGAUUUUCUGUCUUUUGCACAGAUUGUUUUUCAAUGGCUUGUUUCAAAGUUUAGGAUUGGGAAACAGAUUCUUUGUCGUUGGUAAAUUGGGGAAGGUUUGUGUUUGAGUUUGUGCUUAUCAGCUUUAGAUUUUUUCCUCCAUGUGGUUCACUGAUUUGUAUGAUUUGUUUUCUUUCUUGGUUGAUAUAAGAAGGAAUCAGUUGCUUCUUCAAAAUGUGUAUUUCCUUA